AGUUUUUAUGACAAAUCUAAAAUCGUUUAAAAUGUCAGUUAUUUGAGAACAAUAAAUAAAAACAUGGGGCCAUAAAAAAUGUAUGCAAACUUAAUAUUGGCGGCAAAUUUAAAAUUUAAAUUCGAAAUCGUCACUCUAUAAUCAGAAUCACAGACCCCCCACUACAAACGUAUUAAACUUGCUGAGGCAAGAAAAGUCUUAUCUAUCAGUGUUUAGUGGGUUAAAAGUGAUUUUAAGUCCAAAUUCAGUGAAAAUGACUGUCCGAUAAGAUAAAAUCAAUAUUUUGGAAAUCUCAAAAAUUAGGGUAUUUACUCAAAAAAUUGUUAAAUCACCGUCUCAAAGAUGAAUUUCGCACAAGCUUGCUCCCAUAAAUUUGCUUUGUACCUUUAUAAGAACAAUCAUCUUGAUAAUUUUUGUAUUGAGAAGGAACAAGCUAAAAAGCUUUACAAUGAGAAAUUUAAAAGUGAAAAUAAAAUUAAAUUGAAUUUUGGAACCGUAUUUCAUUUUACUAUUAAAAUGCUUACUCGACAAAAAAAUCUUAAUAUCAUGUUUUAUAACAAAAACAGGCUGUUCAACUUGUUGAAAAAAGAAGGACAAAUUGACACACGUUUGAAAAGUAAUAAUGUUAAGAAAAAUACAAUUGUUAGUCACAACCUUUCUUUCAACAAGAAACAACAACUUGAAGAAAUUCUGCUGUCUCCACAAGAAUGCAAACUGUGUAAUGUCAAAUUUGAUAAGCAGAAUAAAUUUGAAGAUCACAUAAAUAAGAAGGAGCACACCUUUUCUGAUUCUCUUAACAAGGCUCUGAAAGAACGUAAAGAAGUACUGCUUGAGUUUGCCGUUGACGUUUCUCCAGUUUUGAAUAACUUAAUAAUUCGUAAAAAUGUCUCAAAAACAUUCAUUUUGCAAAUAAAAAACUCGGGCAAAAACUCCGUAAAAAUAACAAAGAUUUGGACCAAAGACAACUUAGAACAAGUAAAAUUUCAACACACGUGUCCUUACGAAGUAUCACCUCUCCAAAUCAUACAAUUGGAAUUAUUAGUUCACAAUCCAGAUACGAAUAUGCUGUAUUUUCCUGUUUUAUUUACUGUAGAGACUGUGCGAGGAAAUCAACAGUAUGCUAUUGAAUUGGUCUUUCAUACACACGAUGAAUCUUUUGAUGACCUGCAUCCAGUUGAACCCUAUAAACGUGCCACUAAACCAGUUUUCGAAGAAUUUGUUCAAGAAAUAGACAAGGGUGAACGACCAGAUAUAUUUCCUCAAAGAAAACUCAAAGUGCCUUUAAAUAAUUACCGUUUGCCUUUUGAUAUUAUCGGUUGUUUAAAUGCAGGUUUGAAAGAGUUUGCCGGUAUGACUUCCUCGCAACAUGGACAAUUACUUUAUUUGAAAAAUUUACUCAAUGUUGAGAACAAACAAAAUUGUUUGGCGCCUAGAAAUUACACGAAAAUGUUAGAUAUGCUUCUGUAUAUCGAAGAACAUCAGAUGUUGAAAGAUAUCAAGGAUUAUAAUCGAGAGGACCAGAUUUUGAAGAAGGUUUCAGGUGGCAUGUUUGAACUUGAGGUUCCUGGACUGGCAGAGCAUCGCCCGUCUGUUGUUUUCGGCGAUGCUGUGUAUGUGAGAGAAAACAAAAAUAGUAAAAUCCUAUUUGAAGGAUUUGUUCACAAAGUUAAAGAAUCAAGCGUUUUACUAAAAUUUUCUCGACGAUUCACCAACGAGGUUUUCAUCAAAGGAAAGAAAUUCUACGUCAGUUUUACUUUCAACCGUUACCCAAUAAGAGUUGAACAUCAAGCUGUCGAUUUUUGUCGAAUUGAUAACAUCGCACAUUUGCUGUUUCCAGUAAAAAUUCCUAAUUCACCAAUUUCUAGCACGCCUCUUGUUUGGUUUAACAGAAACAUUGAGGGUAACACCCAGCAACAACAAGCAGUACGUGCUGUUUUACAAAAAAGUGCGAUGCCAGCUCCUUAUUUGAUUUUUGGACCCCCUGGAACCGGUAAAACUAUGACGGUAGUAGAAUCUGUAAAACAGAUUUAUAAAAAAGGCAACGAGAAAAUUUUGAUUUGUACUCCUUCAAAUAAUGCAGCAAACGAAGUGACUAAACGUUUGAUUGACACAAUUCCGACCACCGAUCUGUUCAGAUACAUUGCUCCUAGCUUUCCUUAUCAUUUAAUACCCAAGGAGAUCAAAAAAUAUAUCAAUUUUCCUGCUGGUAACUACACUUUACCUACGAUUGAAGAAUUUACAAAAUACCGAAUUGUGGUCACAACAUUGACCUCAGCUGCAAAAUUAGUUAACGGUGGUUGCCCGCAGGACCAUUUCAAUUAUGUGUUUAUUGAUGAAAGUGGACAAGCCACAGAAACUGAGACUUUGGUAGCUAUAGCCAGAAUUUUGACCAGUAAUGCCAAACAAGGGGUUGUUUCUGGUCAAAUUGUUUUGGCGGGGGAUCCCAGACAACUUGGGCCAGUGAUUCACUCGACUUUAGCCAAAGAAUACGGUUUUGACACCUCCAUGUUGGAACGUUUGAUGGACACUUGUGAUUGCUACAAAAAGAACAAUAACUUGAAGAACUACAACCCCAGCGCUUUGACUAAACUUUUGAAGAAUUACCGAUCCCAUAAAGUCAUUAUAGAGCAACCAAAAAAAUUGUUUUAUGACGAUGAAUUGGAAUCGGCGGGUGAUAAUUUAAUAAACGCUGCUUUGAAUUGGGAACAUUUACCCAAUCGCCAAUUCCCGUUGAUUUUUCACAGCGUCGUGGGAAUAGACCAACGUGAAAAAACAUCGCCUAGUUUUUUCAACAUUCAAGAAGUUCAAAUUGUUAUGGAUUACUUGAAUAAGUUGAUCGGUUCGAAAAUGCAGGGUAUUACGAUUAAAGAACAGCAUAUUGGGAUUGUAACACCGUACAAAAAACAAGCGGAGAAAAUUAGACAAUCUUGUUUGAAGAAAAAAUAUAAUGAUAAUUUGAUGGUAGGAACUGUUGAGCAAUUUCAGGGUCAAGAAAAAUUGAUUAUUAUUGUAUCAACUGUUAGAUCUAAAUCGGAUCUUAUUAAGUUUGAUUUAAAAUUUCAUUUAGGGUUUUUGAAUAAUCCAAAGCGUUUCAAUGUUGCCAUAACUCGUGCCAAAGCUUUAUUAAUUAUCGUUGGAAAUCCUAAUAUUUUGCAACACGAUAAACAUUGGAGGAGCAUGAUUUCGUAUUGCAAGGAUAAUAAUGCUUUGAUUGGUAAUAAAUUUGAUUUUGAUAAUUCAGGUGCCACAAAUAUGGAUGAUUUAAUUCGUGAAGUACAAGUCAUGACAAUUACCAAUGGACCAAAUCUUGAAGAACGUCCAAACUUUUCUAGAGGCAAUCUUUAAUAUUUUUGCUUUUUUAAGAAAAUUCUUAUUUUUUUUUCGGGAGAUAUGUUUUUUUUAAUAUUCUUUUUGAUUCCAAACUGCUGCUCAUUAAAAAAUAUAAAAAUAA